UCCAUUUUGGUCCUUCAAAGUAAGACUAGAGUUUUCAAGAGAAGAAUGGCCGUAAAUGUUCAUUUAACUUCGUGUACUUCUGAAAAUUUAAGUCGACAUGACAUGAUAAGUUGGGUGAAUAGCCAGCUUCAAGUAAAUUACACAAAAAUAGAGCAAUUAUGUUCAGGGGCAGCGUAUUGUCAGUUCAUGGACAUGCUGUUUGCGAAUUGUAUGCCUUUAAAAAGAGUUAAAUUCAACACUAACCUGGAACAUGAAUAUAUUCAAAACUGGAAAUUACUUCAAACAUCAUUCAAAAAAGCUUCUGUAGAUAAGAUAAUUCCAAUUGAUAAGCUUGUGAAAGGAAAGUUUCAGGAUAAUUUUGAGUUUGCUCAAUGGUUUAAAAAGUUCUUUGAUGCCAAUUAUGAUCUGGGUAUAGAGUAUGACCCUGUUGCAGCAAGAGGCGGGGUAGUUGUGAAUGCUGGUGGUAAGGCGAGUGGUAUUAGCAGUCGAAAAUCAGGUGGUAGCGUACCAAGUGUUGGGAGUCGUAAACCAGUUGGUGUUGCAUCGCGUGUUUCAAAUACAACGACGACCGUGACAAAAACUACAACACAAAAGACAAGCAACGCUGUCUCGAAUCAAGAACUCAAAGAGCUUAAUGAACAAGUUGCUGAACUCUCUCUAACUGUUGAUGGUUUAGAAAAGGAAAGAGAUUUUUACUUUGGCAAGUUACGAGAUAUUGAAGUGAUUUGCCAAGAGGCUGGUGGCGAAGAGAACCCAACCUUGAAAAAAAUAUUGGAUAUACUUUAUGCAACUGAGGAUGGAUUUGUUCAGCCAGAAGGUGGUGAGGAAGCAGAACCAGAAGAAGAACAGGAAGAAUAUUGAGAUGUUGUUGCUAUAUGAAAAGCUAGAAAGACUAUUGAUAAAACCAUGAUAAUUAGGACUGUCAGGGGAAAUCUUGUUGAUAAUCAGAUGAAAUGUUUAAAUAUGUUGGCAAAUAAUCUUUGACAUGUCUUGAAAAAGAUUAUCCAGUAGGUUUUAUAAGAUGAUGCUUUGUAAUGAAAAAAUCCACUAUUGUAUAAGACAAAAAAACUCAGCUGUAAUUAUAUGUUUGCUAGUUAGUAAAUUUGAAA